AUGAACAGAAAUGGAUUGCCUUCACCUGUUGACUCGGAUCGCUUUUCAAUAGUUGGUGCAGACAGCUCAGUACCUAUUCUGACAAUAAGUCCUCUCAACUGUGAUGGCGAUAGCUACAGUAUAUCAUCUGAAAAUAUAUUGGGAAUAUCACAGCCGUACUAUUGGAACAUCACUACUAGAAUGUCUGGUAAUAAUUAUUCAUCAAAUUGUGAAGUUAUUAAUGAUACAAGUAUCUUGACAUGCUUUCUUUCUUUGUCAUCAGUGCAUGCAACAAGUCCACCCACAACACGUCCAUCAGCAACAUCAAGUCCUGUUUCAAUCAUUAGCUUGCCUAAUACGUAUACCCCACGAGGUUCCGGUUUACCAACAAGAUCUUGUGCAGAUGCAGAUAGGAAGACAAACUUGGAAUUAACAGUCGCAGUCGCUACAUUGGCCGUAUUUAGUAUUAUUCUGUUAGUACUUGCUGCUUACUUUUUCUAUCAAUGGAGACACGUGAUUGCUGUUGGCGGUGCGAAAGAGCCUAACGCAACGAGAAUGGAUGAACGUGAAGAAAGACACGAUGCUGCAACGUUAACGUACGAGACUGUGGUUGAUUCUGGACGUCAGCCCGACGUACUGACAAGGAGUCCACUGUAUGAAGAAACAUCGGUAAUCGACAAUCCAUCCUAUGGUGUAGUAACCGAUCAGAACUAGGAAACAGACAUCAGAACGCAACAAUGCAAAAUCUACAUUUUCUGAUAGUUAAUUAAGAAAUUGUUUUAUUUAAAACGUUAAUCAAUAACUGAACGACAAGACUUCCAUGUUUUUGACAGGCCACUGAAAGGCUACAUUUUCUGUAACCCUUGUGUUUAGGCUUAAUUAAUAAACGA